CAUAACAACGUUGGGGCCGAUGGUUCUUCCGUUUUCGGAGCAACUCAUGUUCUUCUUGUCGUUGGUUAGGAAGAAGGUGUUGAAGAAUUCCAAGGUGAAACCUUACAUUCCAGAUUUCAAGAAGGCUUUCGAGCAUUUUUGUAUUCACGCAGGAGGGAGGGCGGUGCUGGACGAGCUGCAGAAGAACUUGGAACUCAGUGAGUGGCACUUGAGCCGUCGAGGAUGA